AUGGCCACGACGAAGCGCCCAGUUGGCCUUCUCUUCGACAUUGGGGGUGUUUGCGUUGUUUCGCCCUUCCAAGCGAUUCUCGACUAUGAGAUUGCCAACAAUAUUCCACCGGGCUGGGUGAACUUCAGUAUCUCCCGGACCUCUCCCAACGGUAGCUGGCACAAGCUGGAGCGUGGUCAGAUCCCCAUGGAUGCCGAGUUCUUCGCCGGGUUCAAUGCCGACCUUCAAAAUGCAGAGCUGUGGAAUCAAUUCCAUCAGCAAUUGGCAAAGAAGAAGGGUCAGACUCCUGGACCCGUCCCUCCGCUGCCAAAAGUGGAUGCGGAGUGGCUAUUCUGGGAGAUGAUGAGGAUAUCCCGCACCCCAGAUCCACACAUGUUCCCUGCCCUCCAGAAGCUGAAAGCCUCGGGCCAAUACUUGAUGGGGGCUCUCUCCAACACCGUCAAGUUUCCCGAUGGCCAUGACUUCAACAAGGAUGUCUCAGGAGUGCGAUCCCAGUUUGAUUUCUUCAUCUCAUCCGCGCAUACGGGACUCCGAAAGCCAGAUCCGAAAAUCUACCAAGUGGCCAUCCAGGAAAUGCAGGCGUUGGCGAAACAACGGGGACUCCCUGAAAUCCACGCCUCGGAUAUUGUUUUCUUCGAUGAUAUUGGCGAGAACUUGAAGGGCGCCAAGAAAGCCGGUAUGCACACCGUCAAGGUGACGCUGGGUCGGAUCGAGGAUGCCGUGAAGGAGCUCGAGAAACUGACGGGCCUACCAUUGCUCGAGGCUGACCAAAAAGCCCGUCUGUGA